GAUGGAAUCAUCCAUUAAAGCUCUGGUUCGAGAUGUUAAGGAAGAGAUGUUCCUAGACAUUGAUCCUUAUUCCCUUAUUGCUGCUUCUGCUUAUGACACUGCAUGGCUAGCCAUGGUUCCUAACAAUUCUGACCCUUCACAGCCCAUGUUUAUGAAUUGCGUGAAUUGGGUGCUUAUCAACCAGAAAGAAGUUGGGUUUUGGGGGGAGGGUGAUGGCCAUGGCAUGCCCACUAUUGAGUGCCUUCCUGCAACUAUUGCUUGCAUGAUAGCUCUAAAGAAAUGGAACAUUGGGCAAACAAUGAUUAACAAAGGUAUGGCUUUCAUUCAAGCUAAUGCACAGAACCUUAUUGAAGAAAUAUAUGAUUUGUGUCCCCGCUGGUUUGCCAUAACUUUUCCUGCAAUUCUUGAGCUUGCAUGUGCAAAUGGUCUAGAGAUUAUCUUGUCUGACCAAUUAAAGGGAGAAGUCAUGCACAUAUUCUAUAAAAGAAAAGAAAUUCUUGAAAGGGACAAACAAGCGGACAGCUACAAUUAUCCUCCAAUAUUAGCUUAUCUUGAAGCCUUUCCAUGCAGUAUUGAUGAAGAACAUGUGGUUAAGAAUUUAUGCAAGGAUGGUUCCUUAUUCCAAUCCCCUUCAGCUACAGCAAGAGCAUUCAUGGCUACUAAGAACAAAGACUAUCUAGCUUACUUGCAAUCUCUAGUUCACAGAUGUCCUAAUGGAGUUCCACCAAUAUAUCCCAUUGACGAAGACCUAAUAAAGCUUAGCAUGGUCAACCAAUUAAAGAGGCUUGGUUUGGCUGAGCAUUUUAACCAAGAGAUUGAAGAAGCAUUGGGACAAGUUUACAGGAAUUACAUGAAUCAAGAAUCAUGUACAAAACCAAUCAAUUCAGUAGCAUCAAAGCUAUAUAAAGACUCUCUGGCAUUUUGGCUUCUGCGGAUGAAUGGAUAUAAUGUAUCACCAUGGAUCUUUUGCUGGUUUUUACUUGAUGAAGAAAUUUUAGACCAUAUCCAAAAGGACCAUGAAUUAUUUUCAAGUGUAAUGCUAAAUGUUCACAGAGCCGCUGAUCUAAUGUUUCCAGGGGAAUGUGAACUUGAGGAUGCUAAGUCAUUUUCAAGGAUGUUACUUAACAAAAGCACGCGGAUGGAAACUAGAGACAAAAAGAACUUUUCACUCCCAAAUUUUCAUGAAGUGAUCAAGCACGAACUAAGGUUUCCAUGGCUGGCUCGACUAGAUCACCUAGAGCACAGAAUGUGGAUUGAAGAAAAGAAUAUCACUGCUCUAUGGAUGGAAAAAUCCUCCUUCGUUAGGUUUUCAAGCCUGCGCAAUGACAAGCUAAUGCAACUUGCCACCAAAAAUUACGAAUUUCGGCAGUCUAUCUACAUGAAUGAGUUGGAAGAGCUGAAAAGGUGGUCUAAAAGCUGGGGUCUUGCUGAUAUGGGAUUUGGUCGAGAAAAAACCACAUACUGUUACUUUGCAAUUGCUGCCAGUACUUCAUUGCCUCAGGAUUCUGAUUUAAGAAUGAUUAUUGCAAAGAGUGCAAUAAUUAUCACUGUCGCCGAUGAUUUUUAUGAUAUGGAAGGUUCUCUAGGCGAAUUGCAAGAACUCACAGAUGCAGUUCAAAGAUGGGAUGCCAAAGGCUUGAGUGGCUAUAGUAGAUAUAUCUUUGACGUUCUUGAUGAUCUUGUGAGAGAAAUGUCAGCAAAAUACCUCGAACAACAUGGAAUUGAUGAUAUAACGAACCGUCUUAGAUAUAUAUGGUAUGAAACUUUCAAUGCAUGGUUUACCGAAGCUAAGUGGAGCAGAAGUGGAUUCAUACCGUCAGCCCAAGAGUACCUUGAAACUGGCAUGAUAUCUAUUGCUACACACACUCUACUCCUUCCAGGUUCAUGUUUCUUGAAAUCGAAGUAUAACCUCAAUCCAACUCAACAUGAAACCAUCACCAAACUUGUCAUGAUUAUUCCUCGUUUGUUGAAUGAUAUUCAGAGUAUUGAGAAGGAACAGAAGGAAGGCAAAGUAAACUUUGUUCUGCUCCACUUGAAAGAGAAUCCAGAAGCAAAAAUUGAAGAUUCAAUAGCAUAUGUCAAAGGAAUACUUGAUGAAAAGAAGAGACAGUUCAUUGAGCAAGCUCUAGUGAAUGGCUUCAACGAUUUACCAAAAGAAUGCAGGCAUCUUCACCUAUCAUGUCUGAAAGUAUUUCAAAUGUUCUUUGAUUCUAGCAACAGAUAUGACUCCAACACAGAAAUGCUUCAAGACAUUCAAAAGGCAAUAUAUCUCCCUCUGCAAGUAGGACCGCCAAGACCAUUAAAACUACCUGCAGAAACACCAGGGCCACCAUUAAUGCCUCCAGCACCUCAGCGUUCAGGAUCACCUGAGAGGAAUCAAUUGGUUGCUAGCUAUAAUUAUUCUGAUCAGCGAAUCAAGCGCUACGGCAUUAAUUUUGCUUCGAAACGCAAUAUUUGGCCUCGGACAAAAGAUCGAUCCAUGGCCAUGCCUAUGCCAUUCAACUUCAGACUAUGUUUCAUAUAAGCUUAUAAGUGCGCAUCUGCAAACAGAAAUGCAUUUAGGAGAAUGAUUGAUAUGAUACUGUGAGGAUUAAUUAAAUAGAAAUAAA